GACGAGCCGGGUGGCACCCCAUGGCUCCAGGAGGCGCCCCCCGGUGGCCGCUGGAGGCAGGAUGGGGCCCAGGCCGCCCUGGCUCUCCAGCGCCUCCUCCAGGAAUCAGUCCCCCUGGCCUCCCUCCUGCAGCUGUGGGACCAGGCCAGGGGGGCCCCGUACCCCGAUUACGAUGAGACCGGGGCGGGUGCCCCGCCUAGGACCCGGGCCCCGGCCCCACCCCAGCUGAGCCGCUACCGGACGGACGGGGCCUAUGAGAGCCACCAGGACGAGCCGGGGGAUGAGGAGCCUGGGGAGAUGGAUGCGGAGAUGCUGAGGUACCUGGUGGGCCGGAUACUCGCAGGGGGCGGCGAGACGCGACCCCCCCACCACCCCAGACGCCUGCGCCGAGGGCUGGAGGAAGAACCCCCCACCCUGCUGCGCGUGAAGCGGUUGGGGGGCGACGCGGAGGGCCCCGAGGCGGGGGCACCCCAGCUGCAGCGAGCCAAGAGGACAGAGGAGGAGGAGGAGGCU